AUGGCCGACAACGUCACACAUACAGACGACACCACCUUAGAAGGUGGCAAUCCACCCAAGGAACCCGAGGAACCGCAGCAACCCAAGCCUGCCUCCGCGUCUGCUGCAACCGCCACCAAACCCAAGCCAUCCGCCGUGCUCGCCAACUGCGAUCCCAAGCCGCUCAUGGCCACCCCCUACUCGGACCGCAUCCAGGCCGCCAUGCUCGAAGGCAGCGUGCGCAUCCCCACCGAGGAACGCGAGAUGCGCGCGCGCGAGUUACUCGUCUUCUCCGACUCCGAAACCGAGUCCAACCUCUCGCGUCCGCCCUCGCCCGACCGCGACCGAUACCCCAAGCAUCGCCUCAGCGGCCUCCAGGCCAAGGAUCACACCAUCGUCAAGCACGGUCUCGAAGCAGAGGGAGGUCCGGAAGGUCUCGCCGCACGCCUCGAGCUCACGCGUGAGAACAGCCCCUACGACAUCCGCGCCCACCUCGCCGCGCCCAGCUUUGCCCAGGUCGGCAGCCAGCUCGACGCCUCCGCAAAUUCCACCAACCCGCCCAGCCUCGUCUCGUCUAGACGCCCCUCGGCCACCAAUGCCGCCACCACCACCGCACCGGCCCCCGCCGCGGCUUCCCGCCCCUCGUCGCCUCCGCCACGCGCCAUGUCGCCUACCAAGGGCCCCGCUACCACCAAGCUCAGCCACAACACGCUCUCGGCCGCUCCCGCCGGUACCUUUGCCGGCUCGCAGCAGCAGCAGCAGUCGCAGCCUCAGCAGCAGCCACAGCAGCAGCUCCCGCGUCCCGAGCCUGCCCGUGUGCCCUCGGCCGCCCCGGAGCACAAGGAAAAGCCCAAGGAAAAAGAGUCCAAGGGCAUGUUCCGACGCAUGCUCUCUGGCGCCGCCGGCCACUCGUCCGACAAGGACAAGGACAAGGCGCACCACGCCGACGCCGUGGGCAGUCCGGGCCGCGAGCGUCCGUCGCCGCGCACCGCAGCGAGCGCCCAGGGCAGCGGCCACAUCUCGCCCAUGCGCUCGCCCUCGCUCAGCCGCGGCUCCACGCCGCCGCUCAGCCCGCGCAAUGAGAUGGACGAAGCCGCGCUCGCGUCGCAGUACCAGGCCAUGAACCUCACCAGCCCGCCCUCGAGCCAGCCGCCCAGCCGCAACGUCUCGAUCAAGCGCAAGGACAGCAGCUCCGCCGCCAACGCCGCCAAGGACGGCGCCACCGAAGGCAGCAGUCGGCUCACCGUCGCCGCGCUGCGCGACUGGGACGCCAAGGGCAAGCCGGACAAGACGAGCUCCGGCAGCAAAAAGUCGGACCGCGGCAAGGACGGCGAUGCCAAGUCCACCGCGAGCUCGACGCUGCGCGACAUGAUCAUGGGCAGCGCGCCCAAGCUGAGCCGGCGCGGCUCGAGCGCCAGCCACGGCAACAAGUCGGACGGCGGCUCGAAAAAGGGCGGCAGCACCGCGGGCGGCGAGACGGCGAGUCUGCUCAAGAAGUACGGCGUGUGCGAAAAGGCGGCGAUCGGCAAGGGCGCGACGGCGGUGGUGAGGCUCGCGCACAAGUGGGACCGAUCCACCGAGAAGCUGUAUGCGGUCAAGGAGUUCCGCAAGCGGCGCAAGAACGAGACGGAAAAGGAGUACGUCAAGAAGCUCACGUCCGAGUUCUGCAUCUCGUCGACGCUGCACCACAUCAACAUUGUCGAGACGGUGGAUCUGGUGCAGGACGAGAACCGGCACUGGUGCGAGGUGAUGGAGUACUGUCCCGGCGGUGAUCUGUAUGCGGCGAUCAAGCGCGGCGGGAUGAGUCAGGCCGAGGUGGAGUGUUCGUUCAAGCAGAUCCUCAACGGCAUUGCGUACCUGCACUCCAUGGGGGUUGCGCACCGCGACAUCAAGCCGGAGAAUCUGCUGCUGGACGGACAUGGACACAUCAAGAUCACCGAUUUCGGCGUGUCGGAUGUGUUUCGGAUGUGCUGGGAGAAGUCGACGCACUACUCCAAGGGGCUGUGCGGGUCCGAACCGUACAUUGCACCGGAGCAGUUCGAGAAGAAGGAGUACGAUGCGAGGUUGGUGGAUGUAUGGGCGGCGGCGGUGGUGUUUUACUGCAUGCAGUUCCAGGAGCUCCCCUGGAGGGUGGCCAAGAUGUCGGAUCCGACGUUCAAGGAGUACGUCCAGUCGUACGCCACCAGUCCCGCGCCGAGUCCGCUGUCGAACCUCAGUCCGAGGGAGUGCCGGCCGCUGCUCAAGAAGAUGCUGUGCCCCGAUCCCAAGGGCAGGUGGACGAUGGACGAGGUGUUGAAGGAUUCGUGGCUCGUCAGUGUACCUGUGUGCGAAGAGGGAAGGCAGAACGAUCAUACCCACUCGGCUGCACCCAGCAUGGCCUAG